AUGGAGACCCUCUCUCAGGACUCGUCUCUGGAGUGCCAGAUCUGUUUUAACUACUUCAGCCCGCGGCGGCGGCCAAAGCUCCUGUCGUGUCGCCACACGCUGUGCUCCGUGUGCCUCGGUCAGAUGCGAAGCGCACACAAAGAAAUCCGCUGCCCGUGGUGCCGCAGCGUCACCAAACUACCGCCCGGUCGGUCCAUCUCGCACUUACCCGACGACCCAGACAUCGUGGCGAUCAUCGCGGUCCCUCACGAACACUCUCCAGUCUUCAUCCGCCUCCCGAGCCACGGCUGCUACAUGCUGCCGCUGCCCGGGGUGAAGGACCGCGGCCUGGGCUUACCGGGGGACUGCCGGUUUGUGGAGCAUCAGAAGGCGAUGGCGGUGGUGGCGAUCCCGGACGACGCCAUGGAGAGCCUGAGUCUGGGGGAUUCGGAGCACAGGGGCGCGGUCAUGGUGGCGGCGGGCAAAGGGUCGGCCUGGUCCGGCGUCUGCACGGUCGUCUUGGUCGCCUGUGUGUUGCUUUUCCUGCUCGGGAUCGUGCUCCACAACAUGUCGUGCAUUUCUAAACGCUUCACCGUGAUUUCGUGCGGCUGA